AUGAAUAUCCGUCGACUGCCCGGAUUUGUUUAUCACUACAAAGUUCUCGCUGGCUCAAUACUCUUGAGUUUUUUUCUCGUCAUUUAUCUGCUCCUUCACUGGGGUAUUAUGUGCACGAAUCUGGAAGCUCGAAGGCACGUUUCUAAUGUGUGCAACUCGCACACCGGUGGCUCGGCUUUGGGUAUACUGUGCGAACCGCUCUGUUCCGAACGGAGCAUACAUUCGAUGGCAUGCGAAUCUCUGCACUCGGGCAAAGAGGCCGUUUUCACUGCUCAUUGGGAAUCGACUCGGCUCGUCUUCAAGGCGGCAAGAACGAGGACGAAUGCAGAGCAGUACGAAACCCUUUUCUGGCUGGACAACUCAGGCACUCGUCACUAUCCGAACGAGAAAGAUUUUGGCAACAUGAUAAGAGAUCUCGUUCUGAGCAAGCUGAAUUUCACGAUUCUGGAUAACCAAAUACAGAGGCUCGGACGCUUGCGAACUCAUCGAGUCGAAAGCGACGAGGCUAAACGGCGUCUCGAGAUGGAAAACGUGUGGCAAUUGCUGCAGGAAAACGAGUACGUCAUAUCGAUCGUUUACGAAGACCGAGACGUUUUUCCACAACUGAUCGGUACCUGCGGAACUUUCUACGCGGCCGAAUACGUCAGACCGAUCGAAACACCGACGACCAUACUCGCCCUUUCGGACUCGAAACCGGAGUGGGCUAAGAGACUCAAACUCGCCGUCAUGAUCCUGGACCUUCUCGAAGAACUCGAAACCAAUUUCCCCGAACCCUUCUUCCUCUGUGAUAUCAAAAUUAAUCACUUCGGCUUACCCACCGGCGGACAAAAACUCAAAUUUCUCGAUCUCGACGCCGUCUUUCCCAAAAGCGUUGUUGGCCGCAUCACAGCCGAUGGCAAAAACUGCCAACGACACGAGGACUGCGAUUAUUUCGAUUGCCGGUCUUUUUGCUCUGAAAACAAAAGGUGCGAAUCGCCGGUUGUCAACAAUAAUUUACAGAUUGUAUGUGAAAAGAUCUUCCUAGGUUGGACCUUGUCAGGGACAAUAAUUAUUCCUGGUCUGUUAAUGUCGGAGCAUACGUCCAGCAGCUUGGCUGUGUUAUUGAGACAAUGCGCAAAUCCUGCUGGUGAAUCGAACCGUUUACCCAGAGCAGCAGUUACCGAUGCAGCCAAAACGAGGCUCUACAAUAUGCUCAGUGAAAUGGAACAAGAGACAAGUGCUUCCGCAUAAAACUCAAUAUCCAAAGGGUGUAUGAACUUCGUGCAAAUAUGCAUUCACGAUACUUGCUACUGUAUCAACGAAUUUUGAAAAUUUGCCUUAAUAGAAAAUAAUCGUUGCUUCCGUUAUAGUAGAUAAGAAGUCGCUUCCUUUUCAAUUUUUUUUCUCAUUCACUUUUGGCCUUAGUUGGCACCGAAGCAUUGAACUUAUUACUCUCACAUAGCCAAAAAUUUAGGAUUUUUCAAUGAUAUACUGACAAAUGUGCAAAAUACUUCUUAGCAUAGCUCAGAUACUAAUUUAUUUUAUCCGUUUUAUGAUCUCGAACAUAGUUUAUGUCAGAAUGAAUUAUUUAUUGAUAUUGUUAGGUUCAGUUACAUACACUGAUGCGUUAUACCAAAGAAUAUUUUUUUAUGUAUGAAAAACUCGUUCGAGAAUGAAAUGUAAUUUCCUCAUACGAGUUGCUCCAUUCAAUUAGUAAUUCGUUUAUUUAUAAACAAUACGUUGUGCAGUAAUAAAUUAAAUUUUCCAAUC